AUAGUGUCCAAAAUGGAUCAAUAACUUCCCCGACGCUGUUAAAAUUUGAAGGAUUUAUGCCGAUUUAUUACCUAUAUCACCAAGCGCUCAGUCGCUAAUACCCAUUUAGAUCAUUUCACUGGACACGCAGAGCUGCCAGCCAUCAAUAAUGGUAUUAGACUUUAAUCUGAACGUUUUUGUUGAAAAUUUAAAAGCAACAAAGCCACCAUAUGACUGCCCAAUACCAAACUGUGGCAGAACCUACAAAAGUUUUAAUGGUAUCCAUUUUCACAUCUAUAAUUUUGAUCAUGAAAAUCCAGAGAACAAUUCCCCUACACCUGGGAAGAAACCUUCCACUGGCAAGAAGAAGAAGUGGAAGCAUUGGCGGCAAAAAUGUGAACGUCCCCCAACUCCACCGGAGUUUCUAAGACCGCAAGAGACAUUGACAUAUGCAGAAUCCCAGCGAUUAGUAGAGAUAGAUCUAGAUGGAAGGAUUCACAGAAUAAAUAUAUAUGAGCCAUUAGAUAUUGUCUCACAAGAUGUUAUAGAUAAUCAGAGUAAUACCGAGAAAGAAGAAAAGGGAGACAAAUCUCCAUUAAAAAGUGUUAAGAGUGGCGAAGGUCAGAAGGGUCGAAAGGAUGCUGCUACUUCUAGUCAUGGUAACACCACAAAACUGCCCGAAGCUCAGUUCAAGGUCAUAGAAGAUUAUGUGAAGCCAACAAAAAUCAAAAGCAGGUCUGAUGCAUAUUACCGCUACAUUGAAAAGUCUGUGGAAGAACUGGAUGAAGAAGUUGAAUAUGAUAUGGAUGAAGAGGAUCAUGCUUGGCUAGAAAUAGUGAAUGAGCAGAGAAAAAAUAUCAAUUUAAACAGUAUAACACAGGAAAACUUUGAACUGUUAAUGGACAGGUUUGAGAAGGAGGCUUUUUUUCAAAGCCAGACCUCUGGAAAAGAUUUGUUGCCAUCUAUAGACGAAGAUGCUGUAUGUUCUAUUUGUGUGGAUGGUGAGUGUCAGAACAGUAAUGUGAUUUUAUUUUGUGACAUGUGCAAUCUAGCAGUACACCAGGAAUGCUAUGGUGUACCAUAUAUACCAGAAGGACAGUGGCUGUGCCGGAGGUGUCUGCAAUCCCCUUCACGGGCAGUUGACUGUUGUCUAUGUCCCAAUAAGGGUGGAGCUUUUAAACAAACUGAUGAUGGCCGUUGGGCUCAUGUUGUUUGUGCUUUGUGGAUUCCGGAAGUAGGCUUUGCAAAUACUGUUUUUCUGGAGCCAGUUGAUUGUAUGGACAGAAUUCCACCAGCAAGGUGGAAACUUUCCUGCUAUAUCUGUAAACAACGAGGAACUGGUGCUUGUAUUCAGUGUCACAAGACUAACUGUUAUACAGCUUUUCAUGUUACAUGUGCUCAACAGGCAGGAUUAUACAUGAAAAUUGAGGCCAUAAGAGAACCAAGUUCUGGGGGAAAUACUAUUAGUGUACGAAAGACAGCUUUUUGUGAUGUUCACGCACCAGCAAAUUCAGAAGCAGGAAGUACAGGAAUGUUUGCCGAUAGCGAUGAUACAGCAGCUAAAGCGGAGGCUAAAGAGAAGUCGAGGCUGAAAAUGAGAAAAGCGAGGAAAAUUUUAGCUGAGAAGAGAAAUGCUAUGCCAGUUGUUUCACUGCCCAUUAUUCCAAAGCAUAGGUUGGAUAAGAUUUGCAAUGUUGUGGCAUUUGGCAAAAAGCAGCAGUUCCUGAACCGUUUGUUAAGCUACUGGACAUUGAAGAGGCAAUCAAGAAAUGGAGUACCCCUCAUACGUAGACUGCAAACCAACCACAUGUCUCGAAAAGCUGAGCCAAAGAAUGACAAGCAGAGUAAUGCUUUACGAGAACAACUGAAGUACUGGCAGAGAUUGAGACAGGACCUUGAGAAAGCUCGACUUCUUGUUGAGCUCAUUAGAAAGAGAGAAAAACUCAAACGUGAACAGUUACGCCUACACCAGAUGGCAACAGAGCUGAAGUUGCAGCCAUUUGCUUUCCUUCUCCGUAACGCCCUUGACCAACUUGUUGAUGUUGACACCAACCGGAUUUUCUCUGAACCUGUCAACAGAAAGGAGGUACCAGAUUACUACAACCAUAUUGAACACCCUAUGGACUUUGCUACAAUGAGGACAAAAAUCUCGGAGCAGAAGUAUAAAACUAUGGAUGAUUUUGAAGCAGACUUUGAACUUGUGAUAAGAAAUUGUAUGUCGUACAAUGCUAAGGACACUGUGUUUUACAGAUCUGCUAUUAAACUCAGAGAUCAGGGUGGAGCAAUUAUUCGGUCAGCGAGGCGUACAGCAGAGAGGGUUGGGUAUGAUCCAGAUACAGGACUUCAUCUACCCGACCCACCACAGGAACAAAAGAAAGAACCAGUAAUCCUGGAAGAUUUUGACACAUUCCUUGAAAGCAAAGACAACCUGCCCCUAGACGAACAGUUAAGAAUUCUGUUGGAGAAGAUGGACAUGGCUAGUCUCUCAAAAAGGAAAUCCAAGCUGGCAAAAAGAAUAAGAAAGGAAAUACUUAAAGUACGCCAAAAGUUAGCUAUUCAGAAAGGCAUACCAAACAGUGAUCUGGAAGAAAGUACACUUGAGACUGCCUCCGAGGACGAUGAUGAAGGAUCUCUUGAUUCAACGAGUAGAACAGAUUCUCCAGUUAGAAAAGAUACCAGAAACAAAUCUCCCCCCAAGUCUCUCAAGAUUCCAAAAUCUCCGCCACCAUUGGAAAUCCCCGCUGUACCAAAAUCUCCCAAAACCCCACUCAGUCCUAAAUCUCCUAAAGGUCAAAAAGGAAGCAUCCUUAGGAAAGGCCCAAGUAUUCCAUCAUCGAAGUCAAUAGAAAAGGGUGCUACGGGAACUCCAGGUCGAGGCACUCCAGGAAGGGGUCGUGGACGUGGUAGAGGAAGGGGUCGUGGAAGAGGUCUCAGUAUAAGAAGUGGUACAACAGAAUUGGAUUCCGGAAAACAAGAAGAUCAAGCAAACAUUGAAGAUCAAAAUAAACCAGGAACGCCUACAAGUGUUAAGUCAGAUCGCUCGUCUGCAUCAACACCUACACCAGGGGUUAACAGGAGAACAGCAGUUCUCUUCAGUAAGAAAGGCUUAAAGAAAGAAGCUGUGAAAGAUGCAACAAAUAGUGCCAAUACUCUUCCUAGAAAACCGGGCCGACCACCGAAAGUCAAAGUUCAGCAGCAAGAGAAGGAUAAGGCUGCCUCUGAAUCUCCACAGCCGCCGGUGCUUGAACUAAUGAUCCCUUCUCCUGGGAAAUCCCCGCGCAGCCCUGGGGCUCGUAAACGGUCUGCAAGUGCAAUAGGAAUGCAGAGCUUAGAAUCUGCUCCAUCACCCCCAAAAAGGACAAUGUCAGUGACAGAACCACUGCCAUCGUUCUCAGAACCACCAGAUAUAACCAGAAGAGAUAACUUUAUGACAUACAGGCUUGGAGACCAUAUUAGAAGCUCGUCUGAAUCGGAGAGUACCUCUGGUAUGAGCAGUAGUGAUGAAUCUCUCUCGGAUACAUCAAGCACUGGAUCAAGUGAUAGUAGAUCAGAGUUAAGCACUUCCGGCACCAUGCAGCAGCUUUACACUGAUAGUGAAUGCAGCGAGGAGGCCGGCGACACCACUGCUAAACGGUCAUCAGGAAUAUCUGCAAAAGGAAUUGUGAGGGGAGUAUCCAAGUUAAUGAAAAUAAUAAAGUUAGAGUCAGAUAAACUGACAGAUGAUGAGUCUGGAACAAGAAAGGCACUCCGAAAUGUUUUGAAAGGCAUUCAGUUGCCUGAAAGAAAUACAUCUGAUUUUCAAAGAGAAUCUGCAGGUAAUAAAGUCCAAGCAGAUGGUUUUGAUAGUGGGUUAACAGGUAAAUUAGACAACAUGGAAAUAGAGCAUUGUAAUACUGAGAAGGAAAAUAAAAUUGAUAAUCAGAUUGGUGAAAGAGAUCAAGUUGGAGGAGACAAGCUUGGUGGAGGAGAUCAGUUUGACGAAACUGCAGUGUAUGUUAAGAAGACUGUUGAUGGUGGUAAAGAGAAGGUGGUAUUUGAAGAUAAAUGUAUUGAAAUGUAUGACGGUGACCAGAGUCCAAGUCUCCUUGAUGGGAAAAGUGUGAGUCCUCAGCAAGUUUGGAUGGUACAUGGUGAUUUUCCAAACAUGGAUAGAAAUUUAUUCAAUGACUUCUUCACAGUAAAGAGGAGGAAACAAGAUAUCACAGGAACAAGUGUUAGGAGGUCAACUUCUUUUGCUGGAAUUGGUGAAGGUAAUGCCAACCUCGGCAAGGACGUACUGGAUGAUAGAUGUAAAAGAUGUACAAGAAAGUCUCUUAUGAAUAUGAAAGGAAGUAGCAGUGAACACUUGCUUAUUAUACCAACCAGAAUUUGUAAGAAAAGGCAGAAAGAAGUCACAGGACUUUCAGACAUUCUUGACACUACAAAAUUGUAUACAGUGGACAGUGGUAUGACUAAAGUACCAACUGAUAAACUGAAAGAAGUAAGAUAUGAAGAAUGUACUUCAGUAUCUAUCAUUGAUGAUUUAGAUACAGAUAUUGAAAGAGGAUCUCCCGUUGCAAGACAGUAUAAAAUACCAACAUUUAGAAAUAAUCCUGCAGAUGAGAUCACAGUGGAUGGAGAGGUAGAAAAUCUCAAAAGAAAGGAAAAGGUUUUCAUGAGAAGAGUAACAAGGGCAGGUGGCAGCCAGUGUAAUGAACUAGAUAGUUUCAAGAAGGGAAUACAAGAAGUUGCUGGAAAGAGAACUAGUAUUAGCUCUAAGGUUAAUGCUGGACAGGAAGGCAAAGAGAGAUUACAUAAAGGAGAUGACAAGAAUAAAGCAAUGAAAAAUGACAAACAAACUAAAAUGAAUAUGUAUGGUUUGCAGUUUUUGCAAAAUUGUUUGAGAAGUAGUCCUUUGUUAGUAUCAGAAAGUCAGUCUUCCAGAAAAAUGACAGAGUCCUCUAAUGAAAACCAGUCAAAACUCUGUAGUACACAACCAGAUAGUAAAGAAAAGGAUGAAGAUAUAAAACUGCAAAGAAGAAGAAACCAACAUGAAAUGUUGAGACAGCAUAGUAGAAACCAAAUUUCUUUUGACACUGUCCAGGAGCCAUUAAGACAAACACGUAGUAAAAGUAAUAUUGCAAAAUCUGAUGGUAAAUCUUCUUUUGCAAUAGUCAAAGAUGCUAAAUGCUCAUAUCCAGCCGAUCAGUCUGACAAUCACACAAACGAUGCAAGUGGUUUGAAGAAGAAACUCAAGUUGGAUAAGAAAAACCUUUUGACUUUGAGGAGAUUGUAUGAUUCUUGGAACAUAGAUCCUUGGUUUAAGCCAAGAAAGAAGAUGCAAGCCAAAGACAAUAAAGUUGAAGCCAGUGUGAUAGCAGAUAAAAGCCAUUUAGUGAUAGGUCGAGGACGACGGGGAAGUUUUGAUAGUGAUGAAAUUCCACUGGAGCCUCUUGAUUUGGUCUGGGCAAAAUGUCGUGGUUAUCCCUGGUACCCUGCACUGAUAAUCAACCCGAAGAUGCCAAAGACUGGAUAUUUCCAUAACGGUGUUCCAAUACCUGUACCACCAGAGGAGGUACUAGCCAUGCAGAAACGAUUUGAGGAGCUUGUCUACCUUGUACUCUUCUUUGAUACCAAGAGAACAUGGCAAUGGUUACCCAGAAAUAAACUGGAACCACUGGGAGUGGAUUCAGGACUGGACAAGAGCAAGUUGUUGGAAAAUAAGAAACCUAAUGUGCGGAAAGCGGUACAAAAAGCAUAUGAGAAAGCUAUUCUACACCGAUGCAGUGUCACAGGAGAACCCAAUCCAUUGUCAGGCGAUUCCAGUUGCGAAGAUUAGGUCCUUUAUUUAUAUAAGCUUGAAAACUAAGGGCUUUAUCAAAAACUCUUGUACAUUGUUUGUUUUACAUUCAGUCAAGGGCUGCCUGAAUUCAUUUAUGAAGAAUAGUUUUACAUCUAUGUAUUAUUAUAUUUGCAUUUUUUGUACAAAUUCUGCUUAGUCUGAGAAUGAAGUAAUGACAUCAUGACUGAACAGUUCUUCAUAUAUUUAUUAUACAGAGAAAAGACAGUGUCAGAUAAUGUGUAAUAUUGGUAUAUUCUGUUACUAUGGUUAAUUUAUUCAGUAAAACUCGAAAACAGUAAUGCAUAAAAUUAGAAGUUAUGUUUAACAAAAAUGCACAUCAAAACUACCACGGCAGUUUACUGAGUUUAAUUGGAACAUUUCUUAAUUUAUACAAGAAUUUACUUUUUUUGAUACUCCAUCAUCAUCAUCAUCAUCAUUAAGAUCAUCAUCAUCACCAUCUGUUACAUUUAGAAAGUCAUCAUUUUUUUAUUCCCUUUUAUAAAUGUAUUUGUAAAUACUUUGAUUCACUUUUGAUUCUAAUAUUAUAUAAUUAUUAUAUGUUCACAUUUUUAAAUCAUUUCCAUAUUUGUUAAUUUCAAUGAAUCAGUGUAAAUUCCAUCUGUCAUUGUAGUUCAUGUUUUAGAUGUUAACUUAUUUGUAUAUAUCUGUUAUACUGAAACACUUAUGUUGUAUAUAUGAUUCUAUAUGUACAUUAACUUUUAUUGAAAAAAAAAAUUGUGCUGAAUUAUAAUGAACAAAUGUUACAUGACAUUGAGGUACAUGUACUGAGGUUUCUGACUGGACAUUGUGACUAAAGUAAUGGACUAAAGCAGAGCUAAGGUCCAUAUCACAUUUUUUUCUGCCAGUCAGUAUAUGCAUCAAAAUGUCUUGUUUUGUUUGUAUUUUUAUGUUGAAAAAUGAUUUAAUCGUAUUUAUAAAUAGUUAUAUUGUUUGAAUCUUGUAUUGGGAUGGUGUCGCAGAAAUAAGGUGCCCAGUAAAAUCCAGCUUCAUUUACAACAGGGCUAGUCUAUCAGCUGUUUUAUGGACCAAAUAGCAUCAGUUUCAAAAUGCCUAUGAUUAUCAAAUUUUAAUGUCAAGAAUGAAGGGCUUGGAUUUAAAAAUGGUAAAUUUUCAUUUUGUUCUGGCGCUGUCAAAUAUGUGUAGAUUGGAAAGAAACUUUUGUGCGGAUUACGACUGCUCAGCAGUAUUGCAGCAGCAUGAUUAUACUCUAGACAAAGUCGGCAUUUUGAAUAUUUGCUGUUUUUAGCUCACCUGUCACAAAGUGACAAGGUUAGCUUUUGUGAUCGUGCGGUGUCCGUCGUCCGUCCGUCCGUGCGUGCGUCCGUAAACUUUUGCGUGUGACCACUCUAGAGGUCACAUUUUUCUUGGGAUCUUUAUGAAAGUUGGUCAGAAUGUUCAUCUUGAUGAUAUCUAGGUCAGGUUCGAAACUGGGUCACGUGCCAUCAAAAACUAGGUCAGUAGGUCUAAAAAUAGAAAAACCUUGUGACCUCUCUAGAGGCCAUAUAUUUCAUAAGAUCUUCAUGAAAAUUGGUCAGAAUGUUCACCUUGAUGAUAUCUAGGUCAAGUUAGAAACUGGGUCAUGUGCCUUUAAAAACUAGAUCAGUAGGUCUAAAAAUAGAAAAACCUUGUGACCUCUCUAGAGGCCAUAUAUUUCACAAGAUCUUCAUGAAAAUUGGUCAGAACUUUCAUCUUGAUUAUAUUUAGGUCAAAUUCGAAACUGGAUCACGUGCCUUCAAAAACUAGGUCAGUAGGUCUAAAAAUAGAAAAACCUUGUGACCUCUCUAGAGGCCAUAUAUUUCACAAGAUCUUCAUGAAAAUUGGUCAGAACGUUCAUCUUGAUGAUAUCUAGGUCAAGUUUAAAACUGGGUCACGUGCCUUCAAAAACUAGGUCAGUAGGUCAAAUAAUAGAAAAUCUUGUGACCUCUCUAAAGGCCAUAUUUUUCAUUGGAUCUGUAUGAAAGUUGGUCUGAAUGUUCAUCUUGAUGAUAUCUAGGUAAAGUUUGAAACUGGGUGACGUGCGGUCAAAAACUAGGUCAGUAGGUCUAAAAAUAGAAAAACCUUGUGACCCCUCUAGAGGCCAUAUAUUUCAUGAGAUCUUCAUGAAAAUUGGUAAGAGUGUUCACCUUGAUGAUAUCUAGGUCAAAUUCGAAACUGGGUCACGUGCCAUCAAAAAGUAGGUCAGUAGGUCAAAUAAAAGAAAAACCUUUUGACCUCUCUAGAGGCCAUAUUUUUCAUGGGAUCUGUAUGAAAGUUAGUCUGAAUGUUCAUCUUGAUGAUAUCUAGGUCAAGUUCAAAAGUGGGUCACGUGCCAUCAAAAACUAGGUCAGUAGGUCAAAUAAUAGAAAAACCUUGUGACCUCUCUAAAGGCCAUAUUUUUCAUGGGAUCUGUAUGAAAAUUGAUCUGAACUUUCAUCUUGAUGAUAUCUAGGUCAAGUUCAAAACUGGGUCACGUGCCAUCAAAAACUAGGUCAGUAGGUCAAAAAAUAGAAAAACCUUGAGAUUUCACUAGAGGCCAUAUAUUUCACAAGAUCUUCAUGAAAAUUGGUCAGAACGUUCAUCUUGAUGAUAUCUAGGUAAAAUUCGAAACUGGGUCACGUGCCUUCAAAAACUAGGUCAGUAGGCCAAAUAAUAGAAAAACCUUGUGACCUCUCUAAAGGCCAUAUUUUUUAUGGGAUCUGUAUGAGAGUUGGUCCGAAUGUUGAUCUUGAUGAUAUCUAGGUCAAGUUCGAAACUGGGUCACGUGCCGUCAAAAACUAGGUCGGAAGGUCUAAAAAUAGAAAAACCUUGUGACCUCUCUAGAGGCCAUACUUGUGAAUGGAUCUCCAUAAAAAAUUUUCUUGGGAUCUUUAUGAAAGUUGGUCAGAAUGUUCACCUUGAUGAUAUCUAGGUCAAGUUUGAAACUGGGUCAGGUGCCUUAAAAAACUAGGUCAAAUAAUAAAAAAACCUUCUGACCUCUCUAGAGGCCAUCAUGGGAUCUGUAUGAAAGUUGGUCUGAAUGUUCAUAUUGAUGAUAUCUAGGUCAAGUUUGAAACUGGGUCAAAAACUAGGUCAGUAGGUCUAAAAUUAUUAAAAUCUUUUGACCUCUCUAGAGGCCAUAUUUUUCAAUGGAUCUUCAUGAAAAUUGAUCUGAAUGUUCACCUUGAUGAUAUCUAGGUCAGUUUCGAAACUUGGUCAAGUGCGGUCAAAAACUAGGCCAGUAGGUAUAAAAAUAGAGAAACCUUCUGACCUCUCUAGAGGCCAUAUUUUUCAUGAGAUCUUCAUGAAAAUUAGUGAGAAUGUUCUCCUUGAUGAUAUCUAGGUAAAGUUUAAAACAGGGUCAUGUACCUUCGAAAACUAGGUCAGUAGGUCAAAUAAUAGAAAAACCUUGUGACCUCUCUAGAGACUAUACUUUUCAUUGGAUCUUCAUGAAAAUUGGUCAUAAUUUUUAUCUUGAUAAUAUCUAGAUCAAGUUCAAAACUGGGUCACAUGAGCUAAAAAACUAGGUCACUAUGUCAAAUAAUAGAAAAAACGACGUCAUACUCAAAACUGGGUCAUGUGGGAAGAGGUGAGCGAUUCAGGACCAUCAUGGUCCUCUUGUUAAAUCUUGAGUGUUAGUUUCACACUUUCAUAUUGAUGAAUAAGGGGAUCUUGGUCUAUAUAAUAAACUGAAUAUUCAAUCUUGUAUUGAAACCUUACUAAGAGAUGAACAAGUAGCAGAUGAAGAGAAUGUGGCGUUUUUUGUAUGAAUACAAAAUCUACGUACAAUAAAUAAUUGUAUAUUUAAUGAAUGGUCAAAAUAACUUGUUAUGAAAUAGGACUUUCAUAUGGUGAUGUACUUAUCAAGUGAUAAUGCUGUGCAUUGAGUAUAUAUGUAAAGUGACAUGCUUGAUUUUUUGUGUAGCUUUGAUUGGCUUCAGAUGAUGAAAUUGUUGUAGAAGUAAUUCGAUUAAUUUGAUGGGAUGUUAGUUUUGUUAGAAUGCUAGGUUUGCAGAAACAUGAACUGAAAAGAAUAUUAUGGAAUUUUGGUUUUGCAAGAACACAAGUUGAAAAGAAUAUUUAAUUUGCAGUUAAAUAGCAGUAUAGUUGACGAGGUUCGUUUUUGAACUGCAUAGAAUGUGGAGGGAAACAUAAAUUAACUGAAACCAAGAUCUUGAUUUGCCCCCCAAAAAUUAGCUGAAUAUUUGGGAAAUUACUUGGAUAGCCAUGAUUAUUGCUGGUAAGUUCUAAGAUUUAAGAUUUAUGUUUUCGUAUUGAUGUAUCUGUUACAAGUUUUUGCUUGAGAAAAAGAAUUUUAUCUGCUUGUAUAAGAUUUUGUUUCAGUUUUCUUGUCUUUUUUAUUCUUUGUAUGGAGUUGGGAUGUCAGUGUGCAUUAAAAACACUUUGUAGAUUGUUUGGUCUAUAAUUAAAAAUAAAAACAAAAAACAGUCUAUUUUUGUUAUUGUAGCCUGGUAUUGGUAGUUUGAAUGGUAAAUUGUUCUUUGUUUGUGUUAGUUGUUAAACUUGGUAAUUGUUACUGUUCAUUUACUUUGUGUUUUGACAUACUAACACUGAAGAUAUCUCGAGAUUGGUGCUUUUAAGGUAGUGGAGGCGUGAUGACAAGCGGCAAUUUGUUAUGUAAUUGAGCAUUAUGUGGUUAGAAAGCCAUGUAAUUGUAUUCUUUGCAUUCUUAAAAAUUCUUAACUUAAUUUGAUGCUUUUUUUUUUAGCUCACCUGAGCACGAAGUGCUCAAAGGUGAGCUUUAGUGAUCACCCUGUGUCCGGCGUCCGUCGUCGUCCGUCCGUCCGUCGUCAACAAUUUGACUGUUAACACUCUAGAGGUCACAUUUUUGACCCAAUCUUAAUGAAACUUGGUCAGAAUGUUACCCUCAAUAAAAUCUUGGACGAGUUCGAUAUUGGGUCAUCUGGGGUCAAAAACUAGGUCAUCAGGUCAAAUCAAAGGAAAAGCUUGUUAACACUCUAGAGGUCACAUUUUUGGCCCAGUCUUAAUGAAACUUGGUCAGAAUGUUACCCUCAAUAAAAUCUUGGACGAGUUCGAUAUUAAGUCAUCUGGGGUCAAAAACUAGGUCAUCAGGUCAAAUCAAAGGAAAAGCUUGUUAACACUCUAGAGGUCACAAUUUUGGCCCAAUCUUAAUGAAACUUGGUCAGGAUGUUACCCUCAAUAAAAUCUUGGACGAGUUCGAUAUUGGGUCAUCUGGGGUCAAAAAACUAGGUCACCAGGUCAAAUCAAAGAAAAAGCUUGUUAACACUCUAGAGGUCACAUUUUUGGCCCAAUCUUAAUGAAACUUGGUCAGAAUGUUACCCUUAAUAAAAUCUUGGACGAGUUCGAUAUUUGGUUAUCUGGGAUCAUAAACUAGGUCACCAGGUCAAAUCAAAGGAAAAGCUUGUUAACACUUGAAGCCGCAUUUAUGACUGUAUCUUCAUGAAACUUGGUCAGAUUGUUAAUAUUGAUGAUCCUAAGGUCCAGUUUGAAUCUGGGUCAUGUAGGAUAAAAAACUAGGUCACCAAGCCAAAUCAAAUGAAAAGCUAGUUUACACUAGAGGCCACAUUUAUGACCAUACCUUAAUGAAACUCGGUCAAAUCUUGAUGAUCUAUAGCUCAAGUUCAAAUCUGGGUUAGGUGGGGUCAAAAACUAGGUCACUAGGUCAUAUCAAAGGAAAAGCUUGUUAACACUCUAGAGGCCACAUUUAUGACUAUAUCUUCAUGAAACUUAGUCAGAAUGUUAAACUUGAUGAUUUUAGGGCAAUUUUGAAUCUGGGUCAUGUCGGGUCAAAAACUAGGUCACCGGGUCAAAUCAAAGGAAAAGCUAAUUAACACUGUAGAGGCCACGUUUAUGACCAUAUCUUAAUGAAACUUGGUCAGAAUGUUAAUCUUGAUAAUCUUUAGGUCAAGUUUAAAUCUGGGUCAGAUGGAGUCAAAAACUAGGUCACUAGGUCAUAUCAAAGGAAAAGCUUGUUAACACUCUAGAGGCCACAUUUUUGACUAUAUCUUCAUGAAACUUAGUCAGAAUGUUAAACUUGAUGGUCUUUAGGUCAAGUUCGAAUCUGGGUCAUGUCGGGUCAAAAACUAGGUCACGGGGGUCAAAUAAAAGGAAUAGUUAGUUAACACUUUAGAGGCCACAUUUAUGACCAUAUCUUAAUGAAACUUGGUCAGAAUGUUAAUCUUGAUGAUCUAUAGGUCAAGUUUAAAUCUGGGUCAGGUGUGUUUAAAAACUAGGUCACUAGGUCAAAUCAAAGGAAAAGCUUGUUAAGACUCUAGAGGCCAGAUUUAUGACUGUAUCUUCAUGAAACUUAAUCAGAAUGUUAAUCUUGAUGAUCUUUAGGUCAAGUUCGAAUCUGGGUCAUGUGGGGGCAAAAACUAGGUCACCGGGUCAAAUCAAAGGAAAAGCUAGUUAACACUUUAGAGGCUACAUUUAUGACCAUAUCUUAAUGAAACUUGGUCAGAAUGUUGAUCUUGAUGAUCUUUAGGUCAAUAGGUCAGGUGAGCGAUACAGGGCCUUCAUGGCCCUCUUGUUUUUUUUUUUGACCAAUUGCAAUUAAAUAUUGUUAGCGAGUUUUGUAAGUGAAUAUUACCUAGCCUUGAAUUCAGAGGAAGAGUUAGAAUUACAGUUGAAACUUCAUAUCUUGAAAAAGGUUCCAGUCCUGUCAAAAAUACUUCCAGAUAAUGUUUUUUCACACUAGAUUCAACUUACUAUGACUCUGGUUGUGUCGAAGUGAAUUUGAAGUUCUGUCUGUGAAAUUCUCGGUCCCUCAGAAUUUUAGAAACCAUGUUUUGACUGUAUAGAGUAUCUUCUGAAGCUGGAUGAAUGUAAUUGGAAUGUGUUUGGAUGUUGGAUGUUGUAAAUUGUUUGAUAUUUCUAGAGUCUAAAUAUCUGUUUAAUCUUUUUUAUGCCCCCGGCAUCUACUGAUGCGGGAGGCAUAUAGUGAUUGUCCUGUCCGUCCUUCCGUCCGUACGCAGUUAACCAAAUGGGACCGUUUCAUCUAGCAUCAAUACCCCUUACUAGAAUGACUUGAUACUAAUGCAGAUGUAACCUGUGACCAUUCCUCAUCACCUGACCUCAGUUUGACCUUGACCUCAUUUUAGACUUAGGUUGCUUUAUAUGGGCCAUCUCUUGGUUAACCAAAUGGGACCGUUUCGUCUAGCAUCAAUACCGCUUACAAGAAUGAAUUGAUACUUAAUACAGAUGUAACCUGUGAUCAUUCCUCAUUUUCAAACAUCACUUGACCUCACAUAAGGUGCAAAAUCUAUCGACAAGGAUGCCACCGGUGGCAUCAAGCGUUUAUUGAACGCAGCUCCUUGUUUAUGCUAUCUUUCUUUCACAAUGUUCUUGUUAGAAACUAAUUACAGAAGAGUUUUGUGUGUUAAGCUGUGACUUUGAAAGAAUUUAGAAUUUUUAAUGGUUAAUUGGUUCAUGCACUGCACUGAAUUGAUGUUUAUUACAUCCCCACCCCCACCAAAUUAACCAGCUAGAUGAAUAGGACUGGUAUUGUGGAUACAGCGGUUUUAGCAUUGAAGUCGAGUGGUUCAGAUGAUCAGCACCAUACUGUGACAGCGGUUUAAAUAGGCAUUUAAAUUGAUUCACUUUCUCAGCAAUAAAAAAUGCCAGUUUAGUUGACCUGGUAAUGUUUUGAGAAGAUCUGUUGGAAACAUAGAAGACAACAUGGCAGACAGGGUUGAAUUGAGUCUGAGAUAUAAUGAAUUCCACACAACUCUGUUAUAAAAUGAUAUUGAAUGAACUUCAUGAUCUGAAAGUAUUUGCCUUGGUUAUCUCUGUUGAAAGUUGUUGGAUCAGCAAGAUGUCUGGUUGGUUGAACAGUAAUAGAUACAAUUCACAUUUUGUAACCUCCAUCUUAAAUCCAGUAUAUUUAUGUACGUAUAAAACUUAGAUUUUUAGUUGCAUUAAGUGUACAUACAUUGCAUUUAAAAGGAGUAAAAAUGUCAAGAACUUGUUCAGAUUUGGUAUAGAAUACAAGAUUCUAAUUUUAGCUCACCUGAGCAUUUUUAUGGUGAGCUGUUAUGAUACCUAAUGGCCAUUGUCGACUCUUGUAUUAUUUAAACUCUUUUACCUGGGUCUUAAUAAAACUAAAUAAAAAUAAAACAGAAUGUGCUCAAUAACAUCUUGGACAGGGAUCAUCUGGGGUCAAAAACGAGGUCACUAGGUCAGAUAAUGUUAAUACCAUGUUAACACUCUAGAAGGCCACAUUUUGUACCUGAUCUUUGUGAAACAUAAAUUGUCUCAAUAAAAAGGUCAGGUUGGUAACUGGGACAUAUUUGGUCAAAAAUUAGCUAAAUGAAUUAAAUAUAAGAAAAAGAUGUGUUCGCUCUGUAAAAGUCUCAGUUUUUACCUAUUCUUCAAGACAAUUUCAGAAUAUAGAUCUUUUUGACAUCUAGGUCCACUUAGAAACAGGACCAUCUGAGGUCAAAAACUAGAUCAUUAGAUAAAAUCUGAAAUCUGUCCUGAUUUGAUGAACCUGGUAAGAACUAAGUCAAGAAUGAAUGAGAUAUGAAACCAAAAUUUGUAGUCCUGUUUGGCACCAUAUAACCUAUACUGUGUUGGUGCGCAGUAAAACCCAAAUAAAUAAAUAAAUAGGAAUGAAAUUGGGUCAUCUAGGAUAAAAAUGUGUGAUUAAGUAAAAACCACAGAGAAACCAAAGAGGCCACAUUUUUAUGCCCCGCUUUGAAGAAGGAGGGGUAUAUUGUUUUGCAGAUGUCGGUCGGUCGGUCUGUAUGUAGACCAGUCCGUUUCCGGAUGAUAACUCAAGAACGCUUGGGCCUAGGAUCAUGAAAGUUGAUAGGAAGGUUGGUCAUCACCUGCAGAUGAUCCCUAUUGAUUUUGAGGUCAGUAUGUCAAAGUUCAAGGUCACAGUGACCCGGAACAGUUAAAUGGUUUUCGGAUGAUAACUCAAGAUUGCUUCGGCCUAAGAUCGUGAAAGUUAAUAGGGAGGUUGGUCAUGACCAGCAGAUGACCCUUAUAGAUCUUGAGGUCAAAGGUCAAGGUCACAGUGACCAGGAACAAUAAAACGUUUUCCGGGUGAUAACUCAAGAAUGCUUGGGCCUAGGAUUAGGAAAAUUGAUAGGGAGAUUGAUCAUGACCAGCAGAUGACCCCUAUUGAUUUUGAGGUCAUUUGGUCAAAGUUUAAGGUCAGAUUGGCUAAGAACAGUUAAACGGUUUCUGGACGAUAACUUGAGAACGCUUGGGCCAAGGGUCAUGAAAAUGAUAGAGAGGUUCAUCAUGACCAGCAGAUGACCCCUAUUGAUUUAAAGGUCAGUAGGUCAAAGGUCAAGGUUACAGUGACCCGGAACAUUUAAACCAUUUCCAGACAAUAACUUGAGAACGCUUGGGCCUAGAAUCAUGAAACUUGAUAUGGAGUUUGGUCAUGACCUGUAGAUAACUCCUAUAGAUUUUGAGGUCUGUAGGCUAAAGGUCAAGGUCACAUUGAUCCGGAGCAGUUAAACCCUUUCCGGAUGAUACCUUGAGAAAGCUUGGGCCUAGGAUCACUAAACUUAAUAGGGAGGUUGAUCAUGACCAGCAGAUGACCCCUGAUUUUGAGGUCAAUAGGUCAAAGGUCAAUGUCGCAUUGAACCAGAACAGUAGAACUUUUAUUUACAGUGAGCAAAUAAUUUCUGUUUCUUGUGCAAUUACUGAAUGCAUCAAGGGGGGCAUUUCGUGUUCCACGAGCUCUUGUCUAUCUGAUUUUUAUGAAAUCUUUGUCGGAAUUGUCUUAAUAUAGUUGAGAUCAUGUGUGAAAAAUGGUUGGCUAGUGUCAGGGCCUGGUCAGGUGAGCCAUACAUUGCCUUUAUGGUCCUCUUCUUAUUUGUUAUGCUUGACCACGAUUUGUUGAUCUACGAUCAAUGACGCUGUGUAAUGGGUCAUUCCUAAAGAAACAGACAAGGUGAUGAAUACCGUAGGUUUGUCUGAUGAGCCAAAGGGCUUACACAUUGCACGUAACCUUCUUGUUACACAUUUGUCUAUAUUUUUCAUUUGGUGAAUUGUAAAUUGCUUGUGUAUAUUAUGCAGAGUACAAACUAUUUAUAGCUACUAAUGUGCUAACUCUAGUGAAAAUGGGCAUGUGUAAUAUAUGAAAUUCAACAAUCAACAAAAGUUGAUGACUUUUUAAGAAAAAUCAAUGGAAUUGAUGAUCGAAAUAAAAAGAAGUUGUGAAACAAAAAUAAAACAUUAACUGUGAUGAACAAUUUUCUAUCAUAUGAUGACAAGACAUGGUGAAACACCGAAUAUUAUAUUUAUGAUAUAAAUUUUCUCUUUUUAGCUCACCUGUCACAAAGUGACAAGGUGAGCUUUUGUGAUCGUGCGGUGUCCGUCGUCCGUCCGUGCGUCCGUCCGUCCGUCCGUCCGUCCGUAAACUUUUGCUUGUGACCACUCUAGAGGUCACAUUUUUCAUGGGAUCUUUAUGAAAGUUGGUCAGAAUGUUCAUCUUGAUGAUAUCUAGGUCAAGUUCGAAACUGGGUCACAUGCCAUCAAAAACUAGGUCAGUAGGUCUAAAAAUAGAAAAACCUUGUGACCUCUCUAGAGGCCAUAUAUUUCACAAGAUCUUCAUGAAAAUUGGUUGGAAUGUUCACCUUGAUGAUAUCUAGGUCAGGUUCGAAACUGGGUCACGUGCCAUCAAAAACUAGGUCAGUAGGUCUAAAAAUAGAAAAACCUUGUGACCUCUCUAGAGGCCAUAUAUUUCUUAAGAUCUUCAUGAAAGUUGGUCAGAACGUUCACCUUGAUGAUAUCUAAGUCAAGUUUGAAAGUGGGUCACGUGCCUUCAAAAACAAGGUCAGUAGGUCAAAUAAUAGAAAAACCUUGUGACCUCUCUAAAGGCCAUAUUUUUCAUGGGAUCUGUAUGAAAGUUGGUCUGAAUGUUCAUCUUGAUGAUAUCUAGGUCAGGUUCGAAACUGGGUCACGUGCGGUCAAAAACUAGGUCAGUAGGUCUAAAAAUAGAAAAACCUUGUGACCUCUCUAGAGGCCAUAUAUUUCAUGAGAUCUUCAUGAAAAUUGGUCAGAAUGUUCACCUUGAUGAUAUCUAGGUCAAGUUCGAAAGUGGGUCACGUGCCAUCAAAAACUAGGUCAGUAGGUCAAAUAAUAGAAAAACCUUGUGACCUCUCUAGAGGCCAUAAUUUUUAUGGGAUCUGUAUGGAAGUUGGUCUGAAUGUUCAUCUUGAUGACAUCUAGGUCAAAUUUGAAAGUGGGUCACGUGCCUUCAAAAAGUAGGUCAGUAGGUCAAAUGAUGAAAAAACGUUGUGACCUCUCUAGAGGCCAUAUUUUUCAUAAGAUCUGUAUGAAAGUUGGUCUGAAUGUUUUUCUUGAUGAUAUAUAGGUCAAGUUUGAAACUGGGUCAACUGCGAUCAAAAACUAGGUCAGUAGGUCUUAAAAUAGAAAAACUUUGUGACCUCUCUUGAGGCCAUACCCUUGAAUGGAUCUUCAUGAAAAUUGGUCAGAAUGUUCACCUUGAUGAUAUCUAAGUCAAGUUUGAAACUGAUUCACGUGCCUUAAAAAACUAGGUCACUAUGUCAAAUAUUAAAAAAACCUUGUGACCUCUCUAGAGGCCAUACUUUUCAUUGGAUCUGUAUGAAAGUUGGUCUGAAUGUUCACCUUGAUGAUAUCUAGGUCAAGUUUGAAACUGGGUCAACUGCGGUAAAAAACUAGGUCAGUAGGUCUAAAAUAAUUAAAAUCUUUUGACCUCUCUAGAGGCCAUAUUUUUCAAUGGAUCUUCAUGAAAAUUGAUCUGAAUGUUCACCUUGAUGAUAUCUAGGUCAGUUUCGAAACUGGGUCACGUGCGGUCAAAAACUAGGUCAGUAGGUAUGAAAAUAGAAAAACCUUGUGACCUCUCUAGAGGCCAUAUUUUUCAUGAGAUCUUCAUGAAAAUUAGUGAGAAUGUUCACCUUGAUGAUAUCUAGAUCAAGUUCAAAACAGGGUCACGUACCUUCGAAAACUAGGUCCAUAGGUCAAAUAAUAGAAAAACUUUGUGACCUCCCUAGAGACCAUAUUUUUCAAUGGAUCUUCAUGAAAAUUGGUCAGAAUUUUUAUCUUGAUAAUAUCUAGGUCAAGUUCAAAACUGGAUCACAUGAGGUCAAAAACUUGGUCACUAUGUCAAAUAAUAGAAAAAACGACGUCAUACCCAAAACUAGGUCAUGUGGGAAGAGGUGAGCGAUUCAGGACCAUCAUGGUCCUCUUGUUUUAGUAAAGUUAUAGACUUUGUGUUACUUGGGAAUAUUUACAGUAACUUUAUUAAUAUACUGCAAAUGUUGACUACAUACUGGGCACAUCAGUUUUGUUUUACAAAAAUGUAAGAUUUGAGGGGUCCAUUAAAUCUGUUUUAAGGCAAAUAAUAUAUUUAUAAAUAUAUACCAGUAUUCUUCAUCAAAUAAAUUGUGAAAUUCAGCUCUGGCUUUAACAAUAGGCAAAAAUGAUUUCUGAAAGUAAAUGCCAAGAGGCAUUUGAUUAGUUUCCUCCAACUGUUGACUUUGUAACCAUUGUAAAGUCUUGAGAAUUCCUUACAAAUUGGAAAUAAUUUGAAAUUGAUUAUUUACUGCAAAAUAUGAUUCUGAUAUACAGGAGGAAAGGAGUACAGUCGUACCUUGUUUGCUCGAACUCGACAGGAGUGUCAAAACUUAUUUGAGUUUAACUCAAAAUCCGAGUUCAAGUGAACAAGGUUUGACUGUAAUAUAAAUUAAAAUCUUGAGUAGAACAUUAAGGUUUUUUUUUUCUGUUUAUGUUUCAACUUUUUAUUUUUAUGCACAUAGCUUUUCUUGGCAUUUUGAACAUAAAACAUGUAAAUUUACAUUUAAAUGUUCUACACCUUGCCCACGUAGUGUCAUCUUAUUAAAUUUUGGUGCAGUAAGUUUUUUUUAUGAUUGCCAAGUUUCAUGCUUUAGUUUUUAUCAUAGUUAAAUCAUUUUAGUUCCUAAGUUGAAAACAGUAGAUUUUUAUCAAGUUUUUAUCAGCUUUCAUUAAACAUUAACACAAAACAUGCUGUAUAUUGUCACUAAUUAGUCAUCUGUUCAUAACCAAUUAAAUAAAUGGAAAUUUCAUGCUUA